GGCCGGAGCGCAGCGGCCGGAGCGGCCCGGAGGCGACGCCGGCGCCCCGCGCGCGGGGACGAGCAGGUGGCGGCGGUGCAGGCCUUCCGGUUGGAAACCUCUAAGGACACUUGCUCCCCCGCUCUGCUGACCCUGUGCCUUGGACGGCUGUUCUCAGUGAAGGACCUUGCACUCGCUACUGAGUAGCGACCAUGGGCCUGCUCGCCUACCUGAAGACGCAGUUCAUCGUGCACCUCCUCAUCGGGUUCGUCUUCGUGGUGAGCGGGCUGGUCAUCAACUCCGUCCAGCUAUGCACACUAGUCCUCUGGCCCCUGAACAAGCAGCUGUACCGCCGGCUCAACUGUCGCCUCGCCUACUCGCUCUGGAGCCAGCUGGUCAUGCUCCUGGAGUGGUGGUCCUGUACAGAGUGCACUCUGUUCACCGACCAGGCCACGGUGGACCGCUUCGGGAAGGAGCACGUGGUCAUCAUCCUCAAUCACAACUUCGAGAUCGACUUCCUCUGUGGGUGGACCAUGUGUGAGCGGUUUGGCGUGCUGGGGAGUUCCAAAGUCCUUGCUAAGAGGGAGCUGCUGUACGUGCCCCUCAUCGGCUGGACGUGGUACUUUCUGGAGAUCGUGUUCUGCAAACGGAAAUGGGAAGAGGACCGGGACACCGUCAUCGAGGGGCUGAAGCGCCUGUCUGACUACCCUGAGUCCAUGUGGUUUCUCCUGUACUGCGAGGGCACACGCUUCACGGAGAAGAAGCACCGCGUCAGCAUGGAGGUGGCCGCCUCCAAGGGCCUGCCCGCCCUCAAGUACCACCUGCUGCCCCGGACCAAGGGCUUCACCACCGCAGUCAAGUGCCUCCGCGGGACAGUCGCCGCUGUCUACGAUGUGACGCUGAACUUCCGAGGGAACAAGAACCCGUCUUUGCUGGGGAUCCUCUACGGGAAGAAGUACGAGGCGGACAUGUGUGUGAGGAGAUUUCCUCUGGAAGAGAUCCCGCUGGAUGAAAAGGAAGCGGCCCAGUGGCUUCAUAAACUCUACCAGGAGAAGGAUGCGUUGCAGGAGAUGUACAACCAGAAGGGGGUGUUUCCAGGGGAGCAGUUCAAACCCGCCCGAAGGCCCUGGACGCUCCUCAACUUCCUCGCCUGGGCCACGAUUCUCCUGUCGCCUCUCUUCAGUUUUGUCCUGGGCGUCUUCGCAAGCGGAUCUCCCCUCCUGAUCCUGAUGUUCCUGGGGUUUGUGGGGGCAGCUUCCUUUGGAGUGCGACGACUAAUAGGAGUAACUGAAAUAGAAAAAGGCUCCAGCUACGGAAACCAAGAAUUUAAGAAAAAGGAAUAAUUAAUGGCCCUGAUUGAACACACAUGAUCGGACGGUGGUAUCCAGUUAACUCAAUUAAAAACAGAACAACACACAGAGCGGAAAAAAAGACACUUAGAAACUAUUUUUCUUAUUAACUGGUGACUAAUAUUAACAAUAAAACUUGAGCCAAGGGUAGAGGAGUGGGAAGGCCGGCAGACGGAGCCGUCAGCACGCUGCGCGGGCCGCGGGGCCCCCUCGGGGAGCAGCGCUCACAGGCGUCUGCUCCGGGGACACCGGGCCGUACCCCAUGUCAGCUCUCAAGAACUCUGCCUGCCGGAGGGAGCCUUUCGACGCUUCCUCUUCUUAAACUUAGAUCCCAUUUUUGUUUUUUAUUAGUAAUUUCAGGAGCUUACCCUGGCCCCUCACCUCUUGCCCUGCACCCCCAGCGAACUUUCUCUUCGCGACUCUCCCUCUGUCCUCCUGGGAACGGAUGCGACAGGGUCCCGCCCCAAAGCGCCUGCUCACUGCUCUGCUCGGCAUGGCACGGCACCUUCGCUUUCAGACAGUGGGGUGGCCGUGGAGAGAGGUCUCUUGGUGAUAAGCACACGCUGAGUGUCGGUCGGGUCGUAGCCCUGCACCCGGCUGGCUGUAGGCGAACGCCCCAUUUUAUUUUCCAGAGCAUCCUGCCUGUCUCCUCCCUAACCCUGGGUGGAAACACCUGAAAUCUGGUUUUAAAGUGAAUGGGCCCCUAGAACUCGGUGAAACAUACAGUCCUCCCGUACCCAGAUCUGCUCUGUCCCUUCUCCCUGUGGCCUCAGUCUCCAGUCCUCCGCUGGGCGCAGGGGAGGCCACGCCGGACCGGCUCCCCUCUGCCCCAGCAGACCAGGAGCCCUGACAUGCUGACCUCUGCCCUACAGCCCAUGGGACUCCUGGAUGCUUUUUAAAAAGCAGUGUCACCGUGACACCUCUGUCUUCUAGAGGUGGGUGGAGACUGUUAACACGGAGCUCAUUGGCUUUUAGAGAUUUAAUUUUUACAAUUGAUGGCUCUCAACUUCCCAAUGAAAACUAGAGACUGUGAACCCCAACUCCCGCGGGUGCCCAGCAGGCACGCCAGUUCCUCCUUAGCUCCUCCCUGCUACAGGGGUGUCUCCAGAGGGUCCUGACAGCCUCUGCUUGGCUUAUGUCCUCACAGCGUUCCCUUGGGCCUGCAGCCCUAGUGGGAGAUGUCUGUUCCACAAAUGAAGGCGUAUUUGAUGCCCGCUGCGGGGGCUGGUUGGAGGAGUGGGCAGACCCCAGUGCUCCCUGGGCUCAGCUAAGUCAUUCCACCAUAAACUGCACCUGCGUUGGACUUUUCUUCCUAAACUUUCAACUUGCUUUUUUAAAGUCUCACUCCCCUCCUCUUUUUUAGCAAGGGAAAGAAAAAUAAUGGGUGUUAUCUCUGAUAAACCGUAACCAGCAUUCUGAAUGGAGGCAGGUUGAAUUUUCUAGGGAAAAAAAAAUAGAGGAAAGAGGCAUGGAAAAAAUUAUAAACUGAAUUGGGAACAUAAUGGUGCAUUGGCCCUAAGUAUGUAUUUUGGGAAGAUUCCUUGAGACAGCAUAUGUUCUUCAUGACGACGACAGUCGACUGAAUUUUAUUUGGUAACCAUGACGGAGGGAGCAGGCAGAGAAGACACCAGGAUUUUAUGCUUGCUCUUGAGUGAUAGCGGAUGAACACAAUUCCUUGUGAGCUCAAAGGGUUAAAACAAAACAAAGCAGCUUUAAAAUGCCCUUAGAAGUGAGCUUCCCUCCGUCUCACAGCACAUUUCCCCUCCCCCCCUCCGCCAGCUCCUGUAGCAGAACCCUGAGCAGAGCAUGGGCUUCCACUGCAGUGAGCGACAACCUUGGGUCUGAGUUUUCUUCACAUAAAUGCUGCUCCUCUGUCUUUAUCUGCCUAUGUGUCAUUCGCUAAUUCCCUAAUACCUAAAGAAUCUUAGAGGAAAAAAGUUGAAGAGUACUACCGGGCAGAUACAUUACCAGAAAAAUGCAAAUUUAGAUCAUUUACCAUCUAAUUAAUAGUUCCCAGAUAAGUUCCCUCCCCUUGAAGUUAAUACAUAAUGUGUAAAUUCUGCAUUGAGUCAAUGAAUGCUCUGUGAAGACUCCCAGGCAAAUGGAGAUUGAGACCCCCGGGGUGGGUUUUAAAUCUUAGCGACUUCCUUCUGAUUUAACCCAGGUCAGCUUGUGUAUUUGAAUACCAAGCCCUUCGAGAGCAAUAAAAACUACCCUAUGAAUGUUUGGGGUUUUUUUUUUUUUUUUAGAGGGGUGGAUUUUGCUUUUCAUCCACUUCAGAAGGAGAGGGGGAGGGAGGCUCCUUUAAUUUUUUAAAUUAAACUAGUAAAUCGCAGAAUAGUGCUUUUUUUUUCCCUUUUCCUUUACAUCUACCACCGAGCUUCAUUUGUUGCUGAUGUUGUCAUGUCAGGCUGAAUGUUGGGACGGUACAGGCUGUCACGGUUGGGGGCAGUGAGCUCUAGGCCUGGAGUUGUUGGUGCCCUCCCCGCUGGGUCCUGGGUCAGGCAAGGAUGGGGAGGUGUUUGCUGACCCUGCCUGCUGGGGGAGGUGUUUGCUGACCCUGCCUGCUGGGGGAGGUGUUUGCUGACCCUGCCUGCUGGGGGGAGGUGUUUGCUGACCCUGCCUGCUGGGGGGAGGUGUUUGCUGACCCUGCCUGCUGGGGGGAGGUGUUUGCUGACCCUGCCUGCUGGGGGAGGUGUUUGCUGACCCUGCCUGCUGGGGGGAGGUGUUUGCUGACCCUCCCUGCUGGGGGGAGGUGUUUGCUGACCCUCCCUGCUGGGGGAGGUGUUUGCUGACCCUGCCUGCUGGGGGAGGUGUUUGCUGACCCUGCCUGCUGGGGGAGGUGUUUGCUGACCCUCCCUGCUGGGGGAGGUGUUUGCUGACCCUCUCUGCUGGGGGGAGGUGUUUGCUGACCCUCUCUGCUGGCGGAGGUGUUUGCUGACCCUCUCUGCUGGGGGUGGUGUUUGCUGACCCUCCCUGCUGGGGCGAGGUGUUUGCUGACCCUCUCUGCUGGGGAGAGGUGUUUGCUGACCCUCUGCUGGGGCCUGCUCUGUUGCUUGCAGUGCACAUCCAGAGCCACCCACCCCUGCUGAAAACACACAGAGAGAGGGCCCUGGGCCCCUCCCAUGAGUGCCCAGCAGGCUGAGCUCAGAGCCUGGAGGCAGCUGGCUGGCAUGUUUCUCAGCACAGGCCCAGGCCCUGCUCUCAGGCCUCUGGUGCCGAGACUUUUGUCACCUUCCACGCGUGUAUUCUAGCCCGGCCCAGUGAGUGGAGUUUGGGUUGUGGGCCUUCCCUAUGUGUCCAGCUCGGGAGAAGGCCACAGUUCUUUUGCCCCCCUCUGGGAAGUUCCAGGGGCUUCUAGGGUGCUUGUGGCAGUUCCUGGUGACUUGUGGCAGCUACCAGCACCUAGAGACGGUCUGGCUUCCCUCUUUGGGGUCUUUCUGAUAGCAUUGUAAGCAGUGACUGUCCCCACUGCAUGCACGUGAGCAGACGCUGGGGAAAGGCUUAGCGGGUCAGAGGGAAAACGUGUUGUAGAUCUGUGAACACUGUUUCUGUACGCCCUCUUUUUCUCCAAACUGAAACCUGGAGGAGGGUUUGCAAUGGCUACCCAUUGAUAAGAGUUUUAACUCGGAGACAGAAGUGACACUGGUCAUCCGGUACUUGGCGAUGGCAUACUAGAUGCAUGGCCUUAGUAUGGUCUCUGUCCUCAAGAAGCACAGACUCUAGCUGAAGAGAUGAGCUCUGGCUAUACGAACCACUAAAUAAUAGCAGAAAACAAUGUAAGCAGCACUUUCUUGUAUAAAACAGAUCGGAUCAUU